GAAAGCAGUAAGAGCAACGGGGAUUUUAAUUCCAUUGCUUGGUCUGCAAUUUCUACUUUUCAUAAAGCGUCCAAAUGAUAAAGAAUCCACAUUGUAUGACAUAUACACUUACGCAGUAUCGGUGGUUGUUUCAUUACAGGGAGCUUUUGUUUCCAUUCUCUAUUGUUUCUGCAAUGGCGAGGUUUUGACGCUAUUACAGAGGAGAUGGUAUCAACACAGAGUGUCGUUACCAGGGAAACGGAAGCGCGCGCAAUCUUGUUCUGGGUCCACCAUGUAUACGUUUAUUGAUCCAAUGUCACAAGGAAAUUCCAACAUGCUUUGAUUUCUAAAA